ACACACAAAACGUUUAUCUCUUUCUCCCCUCUCACUCUGCCUCUUGUUUGACAGUCACAGAACACAGUAUGAUAAAUGUAGACUAAUACAGUGCACUUUCACUUUUCCAUUGAAUGUGAAACUUGAUUUUUUAUUAAAUGGUGCACCCACAAGUAGUGGUCUUUGAAAUGAAAAUUCCAGAUUGCUUGCUUGCUUGGGAAACAUGCCAUUCAUUAGGAUCUGACUGUCAUCUAAAAUGUUUCAAAGAAUCAAACCAGACASUACAUUAAAAUAUAUAUUUGUAAAAAUUCUACCAGACUGGAGCGUUCAAUUGCUCUGAUUUCCAUUAACUUGUUUUUCAUAUAUCAAGCUCCGCCAUGUUUUGAGAUUUUGGGGAGAGGUGUGUUGUUUGGAUUGCUAGCAACAUUUUACAUAAACUCUUAUCUGCAAAAUGCACACCUCUCGCCGAUUUUAAUUUAUUUGUAUACAUGUUAUCGCCCUUGAAGGCUGUUAGGUCGCAGUACAUAAUCAAACGAUAACGGACCUCCAGCUCUCUUGUGGUUAGCAAUCUUUUGAAGAAGAUUAACAGGGGCUUGCUGCCUCCUACACAGAUUCGUUCGUCUCCUUCUUUCGGGAUGUUCUCAAAAAAGCCUCAUGGGGACGUCAAAAAAUCAACACCUAAAGUGUUGGAUCCCAAAAAAGAUGUACUGACCCGCCUAAAACACCUGCGGAUCGUUAUAGAAAAUGCAGAGUCGGGGGACCUGAAGCAUUUCUUUGACCAGUACUACUCUCACAUCUACUAUGUGUUCUUUGAGAACUUUGUUAUCAUUGAAGUCAGUCUCAAACAAAAAGGUCACAAAUCACAAAGGGAAGAACUUGACUCCAUUCUUUUCAUAUUCGAGAAAAUUCUGCAACUCCUACCAGAGCGAAUACAAGGACGAUGGCAGUUCCACAGCAUAGGCCUCAUUCUGAAGAAGUUAUUGCACACUGGGAACUCUUUAAAGAUCCGAAGGGAGGGUGUACGUCUGUUCCUGCUAUGGAUGCAGGCCUUGCAGGGCAACGCACUGAGAGAGCAGCUAUGGAUUUUUGCCUGUCUGAUCCCUGGCUUUCCAUCUCCCCAGUCAGAGCUGGGCCCUCGAACCCUGGACAACCUGGUCAACCCCCCUCUCAGCCUCCAGGAGACUCAAGUGACUCCAGAAGAGAUCAGUCCCCUGGUCCCUCCUCAGGCAGGGGAUAAAGCCCAGGAAGACCUCACAGGAUACUUUCUAGAGGCUCUUCUGAAAUACAUGGUAAACCAGGCCAAAAGUCUGGAGUGGAAGUGUAAAGACAACCACGAGAAGGGCUUUGCAUUCCUGUUUGUAAACUUCAAGAAAUAUUACCUGCCGCACAUAUUCCCCAACUUCUCCAAGGAGACCAGUUUGUACCAUCCCAUACUGGAGGUUCCUUCGAUGAGACCAAAGCCUUACUACAGUGUGGUGAAGAGAGACCCAGAGACCAACGACACAGUGUACUGUACCAAGGAGAGCCUCCUCAAUGCCCGGGUUAUCUUCAUKCGCUGGCUGGUGUCCUUCUGGUUGGAGCCACGCUCCAACACUGGAACACACAUCCCCGGGGUGGACGGAGAGAGGGAGAGCAUUCCAAAGAACAUCCAGAGGGCAGCAGCAGGGCUGGCAGCGCGGGGACAUGGCCUGGGGGAGGACCUGGGCCCCAGGGCAGACAGCCUGGACAGAGCGAUUGGGUGUGAGCAGGAGCAGUCCCACUCCAACACCUCCACCCUGACGGAGAGGGAGCCCAGCUCCUCCAGCCUGUGUAGUAUGGACGAGGAGUGCCUCACUGACAAGGAGGUGGUGAGACGAGUCCUCUGUUCUUCCAGGACUAACGUCAACUUCAUCACCGAGGUCUUCAGACAGGCCUUCCUGUUGCCGAUGUGUGAGGCUGCAGCCAUGAGGAAGGUGGUACGGGUGUACCAGGAAUGGUUCGCCCAGGAGGACAAGCCUGUGUUUAUGAGGGAGCCGGAGGAAGAGAGGUUCUUUACCACGGCUGGAGGGAUCAACCUAGAGCCUGUACCCCAGCAGGACACUGAGAAGGAGGAGGUGAGAGGGGUGAAUAAAGUGUCUGAGAAAGAGCUGCUGGAGUACAGUGUGCAUGCCGGUGUUCAGCCCACUCUACAGGUGUUUGUCACCAACUCUGCCAACGUUUUUCUGCUGGAGCCAGCCAACGAGCUCAAGGUGUUGCUGGAUGAACAUAUUGACAUGUGCAAGAGAGUCCUCAACAUCUACCGCAGCCUGGUCAUGCAUGAAACCAUGGACCAGAAGACAUGGGAGCAGAUCUUGCUGGUGCUGUUGAGGGUGACUGAGUGUGUGAUGAGGAGACCUCCCWCCAUCAUGCCCCAUGGCAAGAAGAACAUCACACUCUCUGGGAGGCUGGCCGGGGCCAUCUUUCAGACCUUGAUAGUGGCCUGGAUCAAAGGGAACCUGAACGUGUACAUCUCCAGGGAGCUGUGGGACGACCUGCUGGACGUGCUGUCCUCGCUCACCUGCUGGGAGGAGUUGGUCACAGAGUGGUCCCUCACCAUGGAGACGCUCACCAAAGUUCUGGCCCGCAACCUGUACAGUCUGGACCUCAACGAGCUGCCCCUGGACAAGCUGAGCGAACAGAAACAGAAGAAACACAAGGGAAAAGGGGCCGCUCACGAGGGCCAGAAGAUGGCUGUGGACCAUUCGUUCUCUAAGGGCUGGAGCAGGGACCAGCCUGGGAGCGGUCAAGCAGCAGCCAUGAGGCAGCGCAGUGCCACCACCGCUGGCUCCCCGGGCAUGGAGAAGGCCAGGAACAUCAUACGCCAGAAGACUGUGGAUAUGGAGGACCCCCCCAUMGCCAUGGCCUCUCGGGCACCCAGGAUCCGCCACUGCUCCCAGAGCGAGAAUAKCCCGGCCUCUGACGUGUUCUCAGCAUCCAGUGACCUGGAACCCCAGGGACCUCCGCUCCCCCGCAGCAGCAGCGCUUCUGACAUCAUGGAGCCCUUCAUCGCUGAGAGGGUCAAAGGCAACAAAGAGGACCCUUGUCAGACGAUGCGUGCUGUGUCCAGUGAUAACGGCAACCAAAACUUUGGAGACCUGAUGGACGAAUUUAUCCAAGAGCGUCUGCGAGCGAGAGGCACCUCUGGCAUGACGAGGCGUGGCAGUAGCCCCGGUAGUCUGGAGAUCCCCAAAGACCUGCCGGAGCUCCUGGACCGUCAGAACGUCACACAACCCAUGGACGACCCCGGUGUGCCCUCUGAGUGGACCUCCCCCGCCAGCAGCAGCGACGUCAUCAGCUCCGACAGCCAAUCAGACUCCUUCAARGCCUUCCAGUACGCCAACUGCAAGUUGGAAAAUUUCAGCUUUGGUCCGGAUGGCUGUGGUGCGGGGUCUUUGGACCAGGAUAACGCUAGCCUUGGAGGGGUUCCCCAGACUGCAGAGGAACAGGAGCUGUCCAGCCUCACGACCCUGCACAUAGAUUCAGAGACCAGCAGUCUGAGCCAUCACGGCCUGUCUGCAGACGCGCAUCACAUCACAGGUUCAGAGAGUGCGUCCCCGAUGCAUUCCCUGGGUGGUUCCUGCUCACAGAGCCCGUCUCCAGCCACCCUGACCGCUGAACACAUAGGGAUGCAGCACGAGGACCUGCAGCUGGAUGAGAAACUACAUCACUCUGUACUACACACUCCUGAUGACCUGGAAACCAGUGAGUUUCCUACAGAGGACUGCAGUGUGAUGGCCGGUGGCUCCCUGACCGGUUGGCACGCUGAUGUUGCCACGGUGAUGUGGCGGAGGAUGCUAGGCAUUCUGGGUGAUGUGAACACCAUUAAGGACCCAGAGAUCCACGCGCAGGUCUUUGACUACCUUUGUGAGCUGUGGCAGAACCUGGCCAAGAUCAGAGAUAAUCUUGGCAUCUCUCUGGACAACCAGUCAUCUCCUCCUCCCCCGGUCCUCAUCCCUCCCCUCCGGAUCCUCACCCCCUGGCUCUUCAAAGCGACCAUGCUGACAGAGAGGUACAAACAGGGGAAGCUACACGCCUACAAGCUCAUCUGUAAGAUCAUGAAGAGGAGGCAGGACGUUUCGCCCAACUCAGACUUCCUCACACACUUCUACAACAUCAUGCACUGUGGCCUUAUGCACGUCGACCAGGACAUAGUGAACACRAUCAUUAAGCACUGUUCUCCUCGGUUCUUCUCCAUCGGGCUGCCUGGAGCCACCAUGCUUAUCCUGGAUUUCAUCAUCGCAGCCAGCAGAGUCACAGCCUGCUCCUCCCUCAAUGCCCCACGGGUGGAGGCUCAGAUCCUGCUGGGUUCUCUGGUGUGUUUCCCUAACCUAUACGAGGAGCUGCCUGCCCUACACCCCACCAGCGCUGAUGUGGUCAUGACCAAGUUCAGAGACGUUAAYGAACACAUCAUCAAACACAUCCUGAGUUCAGCCAUAGAUGAGCCUUCAGCCCCAGCCAGGUGUGUGGCCCUGUGCAGUCUGGGUAUCUGGCUGUGUGAGGAGUUGGUCCACGGCACUCAGCACCCUCAGAUCAAAGAAGCCCUCAAUGUCAUCUGUGUCACUCUAAAGUUUCCAAAUAAAACUGUCGCGCUGGUGGCCUCCGACAUUCUGCACUUGCUCAUAAACUAUGUCGAUGACCUUCAGAAAUUCCCCCUCGACACUCCAAAGAAAAUAGUUGAGAUCCUCAUAGCGACUAUCACUCACCUGCUUCCCGCUACAGAAUCCUCGCCUCAUGAACUGGACAAGAGGUUGGUGGUGUCUCUGCUGUUGUGCCUGCUGGACUGGGUGAUGGCUCUGCCUCCUAAAACUCUGCUGCAGCCUGUCCAAACCCUCAGCCCUGACAAGGAGAACCCAGACAAGUCUGUCCUCAGCUGUAUCUACAAGGUGCUGCAUGGCUGUGUGUAUGGGGCCCAGAACUUCAACAGCCCUAGGUAUUUUCCUAUGAACCUGUCAGACCUGACCAGUCCAGACUACGACCCCUUCCUGCUACUGGAGAGUCUGAAGGAACCAGAGCCCCUCCACUCCCCUGACUCAGAACGCUCCUCCAAACUACAGCCUGUCACUGAGGUGCGGAGCCGUAUCCAGCARGGUCUGAUCUCCAUCGCYGCCAGGACAGUCAUCACCCACCUGGUCAACCACCUUGGGCACUACCCCAUGUCUGGAGGCCCUGCUACCCUGACCAGCCAGGUGUGUGAGAACAUGGACAACCCCUACAGCGAUAGCCCUGACCUGGCCCCAGAGCUCUUCGAUGGGCCCAACCUACAGUUCUUUGUCCUGAACGGCACCACCCUCCUAUCCUGUCUYCAGGUCCGUGCUGAGGACGGUGUGCCUGGUGGAGGAAUGUCUGCAGGCCUCACCACCACCAGUGCCUGUGUGAGGGUUAUCGUCCGAGACAUCUCCGGAAAACACUCGUGGGAUUCGGCUGUGCUGUACGGGCCACCUCACUGUGGUGUUCCCAAUCAGCCCCUGCACCUCUACAGUAACACACCAACAGAGAGAAGGACUACAGAAGGGGAGAAGGAGAAGAACUGGGUUGGAGACCCUAUAGAGAAGGAAGAAGAGGAGAGGCAAGAGGGGGCAGCACUGGAGGAAGAGGAGGAGGUGGUGGUGCUGGGAGAGGAGGAGCAGGGGGAGGCUGUGGAGGAGGAAGGAGAGGAAGAAGAGGAGGAAGUGGAAGGUGUGUUGGAGCUCAUGGCCCCGCAAGCUAAGCGUGUGUGUCGCGAGGCGGUCCCGUCCUGGAACUCCCUGCGAGAAGAAGAUGUUCUAGAUGAGAUGCUGCAGUACCUGGGUUACUCCAGCCCCGAGUGCCUUCAGCGUGCCGGAGGCCCCCUUAACAUCCCCGCCCCACCCCCUGUCUGCGUGUCGGAGAAGCAGGAGAACGACGUGAUCAACUCCAUCCUGAAGCAGUGUGCAGAGGAGAMGGACUUUGCGGUGCACAGGGGGAAUGGGCUGAACAUGAGGGCCAUGGAGCAAGGGGAGCCAGGGCCUCAGAGGCCCCAGUCAGCCUUCUACUACUGCAGGCUGCUACUCAACAUCCUGGGCAUGAACUCCUGGGAGAAGAGGAGCAACUUCCAUCUCCUGAAGAAGAACGAGAAGCUGCUUAGAGAGCUUAAGAACCUCGACUCCAGACAGUGUCGAGAGACGCACAAAAUAGCCGUGUUUUACGUGGCGGAGGGGCAGGAGGACAAGCACUCUAUCCUGUGUAAUACCAGGGGGAGUCAGGCCUACGAGGACUUUGUCUCUGGGCUGGGCUGGGAGGUGAACUUAACCAGUCACUGUGGCUUUAUGGGAGGUCUUCAGAGGAACAAGAGCACUGGUCUGACCACGCCUUACUUCGCCACCUCCACCGCUGAGGUCAUGUUCCACGUCUCCACACGGAUGCCCCCCGACUCAGACGACUCACUCACCAAAAAGCUAAGGCAUCUUGGGAAUGACGAGGUGCACAUUGUGUGGUCUGAGCACUCGCGGGACUACAGGAGAGGCAUCAUCCCUACGGAGUUUGGAGACGUCCURAUCAUCAUCUACCCCAUGAAGAACCACAUGUACAGCAUCCAGAUCCUCAAGAAGCCAGAGGUACCGUUUUUCGGGCCCCUGUUCGAUGGAGCCAUAGUGAAUGAGAAGAUCCUUCCCACCAUGGUCCGGGCCACGGCUCUCAACGCCAGCAGGGCUCUUAAAUCCCUCAUCCCCCUUUACCAGAACUUCUACGAGGAGAGAGCGCGUUACCUGGAGACCAUCGUACAGCACCACCUGGAGCUAACCACCUUCGAGGACUAUGCAGCAAGGGUCUUCUGCCCCGCCCCCUACCACCAUCUCCCGUCAGACCCAGGCUCAUGCCUCGAGAGUCAGCAGGGAGAAAGUCCAGCAGCAGCGCUUCUAGACGGGGCCGACCAGUCAGCCUUGCCAAUGUCCCCUCGUACUAGCAAGAGCCGUAUGUCCAUGAAGCUCCGACGRUCCUCCGGCUCGGCCAACAAGACCUGAUCGGACUUUCCCUCCGCUGACCCUCCUCCACGCCACACCCAGCGAGAGUUCACAGCCUUCAGACGAAGAGACUGACUCUCUCUCUCUGUCCCGUACAGCUAGGACUGCACUACACUGCAACUACCAGCCUUUACCUGCUAACAGCGAUGCAUUGCAUGUUAUGUACUCCAACUACAUGGACAUGGACACACCUGCCCUGCAUGGUCAGACUCCGCAUCUCCCCUACUGUACAACCCUUCCAAGAUGCAGGAUUAGGCCCUUGAACAGAGRCAGGCCCUUGGGGGCCAGCCUAGGGUCCCCCAGGACUGAGCUUGUGCUAGCAAAGCUCCAACAGAAUUAACAUGUCUCUUGGGCAAGGUUUUCUAACUAUGCUCACCACCACAAACUUUUCACUCCAGAGAAAUGUGGAAAGAGAGCAAAAUAUAAUAUAUUUAGAUAUAGAUAUAUUUAAGAAGCAGCAUCGGUUCCGUUGUGUACAGAAAGCGUAAAGGCAACAUGACAGAUGUGUAUUUUCAAUGUGAUUAGGAUUGUUGAUGGUUGAAAUCACUUGAUAUUUGACUGAGAGGAGGAGCUAGAGRGUUAUCUCUGCUGUGGUUGUAGCUGUUGUUGUCCCUGAGCAGAGUGAUCAAUAUCUAGUAUCCCAUCCCCCUGGCUCUCUGGGCCUCUGACCCACUAGGAAAGUGAUUGUAAGAACUUGAGUUUGUAAGAAAGAACAAAGAAACACAAAGUAAGAAAAAUCUUAUUUUUCAUAUUUGGUCACUGUGUCCACCAUGAGACAUUUAUAUAUUUGUACUAUACUCUGUAUAUACAGAAGUGUUGCCACUUUCUUUAUGCUUGGACUGAAGCAAUGUUGGCUAGUGUUUGAUGAUAAGGAGAUAAACGUUUUGAGGUUGAAAUAAGUUUGUCUAUAGAGUUGUAAGAUGGAAAUUGUUUGGUUAAAGUGAAGCAUUUCUUGUUACAUUUUGUUUUGAUUUUCACACUAAACUGUGGAACUGAUUGACUUUCUGAGUAUAAUAUUCACUACUGUUUGCCUUUUUAGGGGUCACAUAACAUUUUUAUUAUGAUUGUAAAUUUGUUUUUCACCUGAUAAAGAAUGUUGCAGAUUAGGUUGUUUUGUUCAUAUACAAUGRGUUGCAUUGAACCACCCCUUUUUUUCACUCACAAUGAAUAUAUUAUAUGUAAGGGAUCAACGCAAACGUUAUGUACGUUACCUUGGAAAUAAUGGAUCCAAGGUAAUGUACAGAACGUCAGCGUUUAUCCCACUCAUACCACAGUUGCCAAAGAAAACAAUACUAAAGCACACAUUUACCUGUAGAAAUAACAUGGUUUUGUUUUAUAUUUUUAUAAGUUAAUUUAUACUUCCUCAUCUUGUGGUUGCCAGAGACGCGACCCAGUCGUUCGUUCGAUUAGUACUAUAUCUCGUUACUUUAGUUCGAUCACUAUGCAGGCUGGCAACGUUCUUCUCUCGUCAUGUAGCAUAGCUAGUUUAUCCCGUGAUUGCACAUGUGGGCUAUUUGACAGCACGGUUUGUAGGCUAAAAAGGCUAAGGUUUAGCUAUAUAUUUAAUGGCUUAAAAAUACAUAUUUCAUCAAUAUAAAGGCRGUGUGCAGAUAUAUGUCCUUUGAGGUUAUUGGAUUGUUUCCAACACAAGAAAAUAACUCAGAUGUUGAAGUGCUUUUUUCAAUUUAAUAAUGACAUCAAAAAACUAAUCAAUAUGAAACGUUUUUUUAAAGAAACACAAAGACAGCCUAAAUAAAAUUUAAAAAAUAAGAUUCAAAUAAUGCAAUAAGUUGUUUUGAUGUCAGGGGUUAACCAGCUUGUUAGGUUCUUCGGAGCUAGCUGUCUUGCCAGCUACUUGUUCAAAUUUAAUUGGAUGCUGUCAUUAAUGGUGAAAUGGGACAUCUUCAAGCCGCGGGGUACGUCGAAUGACUCACUCGCUUGGUACCAUUUCCAUCUGUUUGUAUUGUUGUWGUUACUGCUGCUUGUGGUGGGGCUUUGUGGGCUCUCUACCUCGGAUGAGAGGAGGUGAAUCCACCGCUUCCUCUCUGUCACAGAAGGCGCCCAGUAGCUCCUCAAACUGCUCUCGCACCUGUGCCUGGUUACACUUAUAAUUUUUCUGUACACCAGACCGGCAUUUGAUAGCAGCUCCACGGCUGUGUUCCGGAGGCUGUGGUUCGUGUAGUGCAUUGACAACCCGGCCUAUUCUCUGAGACACGGUAACAGGUUGCCGAGGUAGUGUACCCCCAUCGGCUCUUAGAGUAGCCUACCAAAUGUCRUUCUUUGUUCAACUUGUGGGGACCUCAGUGGGUGGCGGUAAAGGGAUGUAGCGUCUUGGGGACACUUGGAGAGGUAUGUUUUCAAACUUGCCAGUGGGCGGUUUGGGUUGCCGGGCAAAGUAAAUAUUAACCCUUUGUGGUUCUCCUCAUUCGGCUCGUUCGCCUGUUGGUGGUUUUUCGUCUCUGCAUUGUGGAAGAGACGGAGGUGGCCGACUCCACUCCAUUCUCGUCCGUCUUGACCUGGAAAGAGGAAGGUCUCAGGUCUCGAUUUCCCUCUCGCCCCACGCUUAGCGAGAUACAGCUGGAUAUCCAGCCAGACCUUCCUCACUAGACCUGUAGCUGUGUCGGGGGAAACCGCAGGGGACUCUCGUAGCAGUUCAAAGUCAGCAAUAGUUAUGGGGGGGGGGGGUACUGAGGACUUUCCUCGAUCCGAUACCUCUUCACAAGYGACUUGAAGACGUCCUUGCUUGUUUUGAAGCUGUCAUUGGUCAUGAUGUUGUGCCGCAUUGCACGAUUUAUUCCGGCUACACAAAAUUAGGUACCGAGUACUCCUGUCCAUUUGUUGCGCAGACAGAAGCAUAAAAGGCACGAAGGAUAUUGUUUAGCUCUUCUGGCCGGUAGCUGUCAAAUGUCCUUAUUCUCCUUGAGCCAAUCCUUUUCUGUUUUAACUGCCCAUUCUAUUGUUUUUCUCAUUAAUUGUUUUUCUUCAUGUCGCUCCACUUCAAUUUUGGUGAGCGUCACGUCCGUAACUGUCGGCUCUCUGGGCGUUUUCUUUUUAUAUUGAUAAAGGGACUUUAUUUCCACCAUUCGGGCUUAGGAUAACUGUUCGACUUUAUAAUUUUUUUWAAUCAUAAUUCCUCCAUCUUUUCUCCAUGUUUUAGGCUUGUAGCUAGGUGUAGGCUAAUCGUUGUAAAGUAGCUACUUUGUUUCACUGUCAGUUGUAAAUAUGUUGGCUCUUGUUACUAGUCUAGGUCACGUGAUGUUUUCAUUCAUAAAUAGUUUUCAUUCAUAAAUGUGUAGUGAUUUAGAAUGUAAUAAGGCGCAUAUUGUGUCAUGAUUGCAAGGUGUCCGAUAUCUUUUCCAACUGUCCCGUUAUCUGGUUUUAAUGGCCAUUCUAGAAUGCCCUUCUAGCCAAUCAUAUCUGAGUAUUCAACAAUGCUGUGGUAUAAAUAUAGUGUUGAGGACAAUACCUGAACUGUGUACAUAUUUGAAUAUAGCUGCUAAAAAAUACCAAACCUAUAUUACCCUCAAGCCACAUAGACCAACAGUUGAAGGUGUGAUCAAAUCUUCUGCUUAUUUCAUAUGAGAGGUCUGCUGCAUUGGACCUCUUCACAAAGCUUUCCUGCUGAAGUUGGCCAAUACAAAUAACGCUGUACUGUAGCUUUAUCCACAGCUAGAACAAACUAAUUUAUGUUACGGUUCAGUGUCUGUCUGCAACAACACAAAUGAGGAUGGAAAGACAAGAGCAUCAAGCAGGUCUUCACUCCAGUUCCCAACUCAGUGUCCAUCUAUAAGACACACUAGCACAGAGCAAACGCUGCAUUUCAAUUUUUUGUAUCAUUAUUUGCUUUCAGCUAUAGGUUCUCUACCAGAGAGGAAAGGGACUGUAGAUGCCUGUUUUGGACCUUUCGGUUGAACUGUUAUAUCUUUUAAAAACUGCUACCAUGUCUAAGGUCAAAUCCACGUUAUUUUUGUGUUAUGUUUGAAUAUAUGAGUGAGGUCAGUUCCGAUUUAUUUUUUAAAUUAUUUUUUUAAAUGGCAGAGGAUGAAAACUAAAAACUUGCCAGAGAGAGCGAGAAAAUCAUGCUGKAUCCUUACUUUAGGCUGAUGAGAUUGGUUAGCUCUCUCCCUGCACUCAGAAGUGACUGAAACCUGUGCAUACUGUAAAGUGAGUUUAUACUGUAUGUUACUGCUGACCAAAUGCUGCAUGAUGCCAAUACUAAUUGCAUGUGUUGAUAUAACAGCUACACAACAUGCACACACAAUUAAAAUAGUAUUGUCAAACUUGUAGUAUCUACACAUUUGUACUGGUUGUUCCAGGAGGAGAGUGGCUGUGGAAUGGAAUUUGACAAUAAAACAUUCUUACCACAA